GGCGACCCCGUGUGGCGCAGACGCCAUUUUAGCAAACAUGCCUUCACUGCUCGCACUGCGCCACAUCAUGGAUGACGGCAGCGACGAGUACAAGAUCAUCAUGCUCAACAAGAGGUUCCUCAGCUUCAGAGUCAUCAAGGUGAACAGAGAGUGUGUGCGGGGGCUGUGGGCGGGGCAGCAGCAGGAGCUGGUCUUCCUGCGCAACCGUAACCCAGAGCGCGGCAGCAUUCAGAACGCCAAGCAGGCCCUGAGGAAUAUGAUCAACUCCUCGUGCGACCAGCCCAUCGGAUAUCCCAUCUACGUGUCCCCCCUCACCACCUCGUACGCCGGGGGGCACAGCCAGCUGCGCUCUGUGUGGGGGGGGCCUGUCAGCCCGCACAACAUUUACACCUGGCUCAUCAGCAGCUGGGACAGGCUACAGAAGGGUUGUGGUGCGGGCUGUAACAGCGGAGGUAACAUCGAGGACUCAGACUGCGGGGGGGGCUCCACCUCCAUCUCCACCAACCCAGCAGUCCACACCACCCACAGCACCCCCGCCUCCAGCCUGCCCCAGCCGCACAUCACUAAUCUCCAGCCUUUCAUGGGUACAGACAACCCUGUAGGUCCAACCCAGAGCUGGCCUCGCCACCCCCAGCCCCUCCCACUAGCUCUGCUCAGCCAAUCAGAGGGCAGGAUGGAGGCAGGCCUGCUCAGCUCCUUGCAGCGAACGUCCUCCAUCCAGGGGCUCCUGGGCCACCAGCUGUCCAGCUCCCAGCUGUCCUUCAGCAGCUCUCUGCUCCCCCCCCCUCUGCCCGGCCCGGAGCGCUUCUGCGUCCCGAGCCUCCUGGAGACCUCGGGCCACAGAGCGGGUCAGCGGGCCGGCUUCGGGCCGGGCGGGGGGCUUCACUACGAGAGCCACUUCGGCAAGUGGAGCUUCUCAGGCAGGAAGGGCUUCACCGGACCAGCUGCAGUGGAGGGGGAGGCCCUGACAGUUCAGACCCUACGCACACAG